GUAAGACAGUCCGAACCCACGCCGACGCUGUAUCGUACCGGCGGACCGCGCGCGUUUCAAUGUUAGCCAGCCGCACCGCAACCGCCGACGUUGAACGGUCGCUCUUCGUAUAAUACCGUUUCGCCGGACGCCUUCGAAUAACAAGGCUGUUAUUAUAGGAGUGUGAACGAAAAACGAUCGACGGCAGACGUCGUCGACCAACGAUAAUAAUUACCCAUAAUUAUUACGCGCAAAUAUCGUUCGCGGCCUUACGCGCAGUAUAAUAUUAAAUAACGAUAUUAUUAAUAAUAUAAUAUGUUGAUGUCGAGGCGUUGAGCUCGUCGUUACCGCGCGCGACAGAUAAAACGUAACGGGUGAAAUUAAUUUGUGCUGCUCACGUGAGCUCGUCAUCGUUGUUUAAUAAUUAUAAUAAUAAAAAUAUAAUAGUAUAAUUAUACUUUCGUGAAAAAAAUUAAACCUACCACGACGACAGUAAUUAUGUCGAGAAAUUCAUCAUUGGCUCCUACAGAAUACCUGUUCAAGAUUUUGGUCAUCGGCGAACUCGGCACUGGUAAAACUUCCAUAAUCAAACGUUACGUGCACAAAUUCUUCUCGCAACACUACCGUGCGACGAUCGGUGUAGAUUUUGCGUUGAAAUCGCUCGAAUGGGAUUCCAACACCGUCAUCCGGCUACAACUAUGGGACAUAGCCGGUCAGGAAAGAUUCGGGAACAUGACUCGGGUGUAUUAUAAAGACGCACUAGGCGCGUUCGUAGUGUUCGACGUCACGCGACCAGCCACGUUUGAAGCAGUGGCCAAGUGGAAACAAGACUUGGAUGCAAAGGUCUCGUUGGAAGACGGAUCGCCGAUACCGUGCGUCUUACUUGCAAAUAAAUGUGAUGAGACCAAAGAAGGUAUGGUGAAUAGUAUUGCCAAAAUGGAUGAAUUUUGCAAAGAAAACAUGUUCACCGCUUGGUACGAGACGUCAGCCAAAGAAAACGUUCACAUCGACGAUGCGGCAAAGACACUCGUGACUCAGAUUUUGAAAUACACUGCUCAAUAUAAACCGACAUACUUAAAAUCAAAGGGUCAAAUAACAUUAAACAACAUCCCUAACGAAACGCAGAAAGGUUGCUCCUGUUGAUUAAAAUGCAAUCAUUGUUUUAUAUUCGUUAAUAUUAUUAUAUACCACAGUACAAAUUGUUUUUUUCUCAAUAUAUUGUGUCAAUUAUUAUUAAUAUUAGUGCCUCAAUAAUAUUUUAAACUCUAGGCACCUAUUUCAAUAUUAUUUUGAAAGUAGUGAGCAAAUUAAAUACUAUAGAAAUUAUACAAUUGUUAGAGCAAAAUUUAAUAACUGAUUAAGCCAACAUUUUGUUUCGAGCUAACAAAAACUCUACAUCUUAAUACUACCAUAAAUGUUACAUAAAUACAGAAAUGUUUGCAUAGUAUUUAGACCUAAUAUUUUUUGAUGUGAUAUUAGGACAGGUAUGUACCUACGUAUAUUUCAUACUCAUACCUAGUAUUGUAAAUACCUAUAGUAAAAUUAAAGCAGAUUUUUAUUUCUUA